AUGGCUUCAAAUGUGCACGAUUCGAGUGUCGCUCAACAGACUUUUGUUGAGGAAAUUGAUUACAAUGAGAUUCAAGAAUUACAGGUUGUAGGCAAGGGAGCCUUUGGUGUGGUAUGGAAAGGUUUGUGGCGGAACACUUUUGUAGCUGUGAAACAUAUAAAUUCUGAAGCAGAGAAGCGAGAAUUCGCGAUAGAAGUUCGACAAUUGUCAAGAGUGUGCCAUCCCAAUAUUGUUAGGCUAUAUGGAGCCUGUACACAGGGUGCUCAUGUCUGUCUGGUAAUGGAAUAUGCAGAAGGUGGCUCACUAUACAACGUACUUCAUGUCCGUCCAAAACCUAAAUACAGUGCUGCUCAUGCAAUGAGUUGGGCUAGGCAGUGUGCUGAGGGCGUAGCAUACUUGCACGCUAUGAAGCCAAAACCUCUAAUACAUAGAGACUUAAAACCACCAAAUCUGCUAUUAGUUGCUGGUGGACAGAAACUUAAAAUUUGUGACUUUGGAACAGCUGCUGAUAAGGCUACUUAUAUGACUAAUAAUAAAGGUAGUGCUGCAUGGAUGGCACCAGAGGUUUUUGAAGGUUCAUCCUACACAGAAAAAUGUGAUGUAUUCUCCUGGGGUAUAAUAUUAUGGGAAGUGUUAUCGAGAAGAAAACCUUUUGAAGAAGGUGGUACAGCCUACAGGAUAAUGUGGGCUGUACAUACAGGUGAAAGGCCAAACCUAAUAGAAGGAUGUCCAGAACCAAUAGAACAAUUAAUGACACAAUGUUGGCAUAAGAUACCCUCAGAAAGGCCAAGUAUGGCAAAGGUAGUAGAGAUAAUGAAAGCGUUAUGUGAAUUCUUCCCCGGCGCUGACACGCCAAUAAACUUCAACGAUCUGGAAGUCGACGAUGACGAGUGCUCAGAAGAUGGCUACAUGAUCUACGACACGCGGGAGAGCUACGACACAGACACUGAGAGCAUGACACAAGCGCACAACCCCAUAUACUCCAAUGAAUCUUCAAACUCGCUCAGAAAUACAGGGAAACCAGUCUCUCCUCGGCCCAGGAGUUUUGUUGAGAGCCAAGUGAACAGACUUCAAACAUUGAUGGAUCCCAAGCCAACUGUAUCUCGGGAUGAAUUAAAGCCUCUGUUUAAAAAACCAGAUCAUUUAGAGCCGGGUAGAUCACCAAUAUUAAAACUUAAUUCGCCUGUUUCUGAAAGAUAUAUGCCAAGCGAGGGUAGCACCCCACAGGAUACACUAAGAGUGUUCAGAAGUCCAAAUAUCUUCAGCGAGUCGUCUACCCCACGUGGACCUUCGCCUCUUGUCAAUUAUAACAUUGGAAAUAUGAAUCCACGGCAUAUAGAUAUUGAACAGUAUUGGAAUAGAGAGAAUGACAAGUUAUCUCCAGCGCUUAGCACUAAUUCCUCUCGGAAGGAGGAUUAUAAUCAGAAUUACUGUGAUAAGUCGAGUGCAGUGAAUAGUCCUAUGACCCCAAUAAGAGAGUAUAACGGGAAUAUGAUGCGGCCUAUUGAUACUAGAUAUCAGACGCCCUUACAGAUUGAUGUUGAUCCGAACUCGUGGGACAUUCGCGAGGGACUUCAAGAUCUUGACGGCUACGUGGAGGUGCGUAACACCGGCGGCUUUGACAAGUUUGUGCCGAUUGGUGGUGGCAGUGGUUCGGCGGAAGGCGCCGCAGCCCCACAAGGCACCGAGCCCGAUCCGGAUCUAGAUUCUAUGCACAUGAUGCUAGACCCACACCUUAGGCCCAUCUCGCCGGACCUCACCAACGAGGAGUCCAAGCGGAUAUUCGAGGAACACAAGCAAUUGGCGCAGGAGUACCUAAAGAUACAAACAGAACUAGCGUACCUCAGCAAACACAAGUCGGAAUUAGAGGAACAGAUGAACGAUGAAGAGUUACGGCAGAAGAGAGAGAUCAUACAACUUGAGAAUGAGAAGGAUUCGUUAAUAAAACUCUACUGCACUCUGAAGAAACAAGUAUCCCGGGCGGAGAACGAGAGUUGGCUCCUCGCGGAAGACGCGCCGCACGAGUGA